AUGCAAGAAAUACCAAUUGAGACAUUCAAUGCUGACGAGGAAAAACGGCUUAUUCGAAGGAUUGACUGGCAUCUGAUGCCACUCUUGACCAUCACGUAUGGACUGCAAUUUAUGGAUAAAAUGUGUUUGGCGUGGAGUGCUAUCCUAGGCAUGAAAGAGGACUUAAAUCUGGUCGGACAAGAAUACAGCUGGUCUUCGUCUAUCUUCUACGUAGGCUUCCUCGCUGCUUCGUAUCCCAUAUCCCUUGGGUUCGUCAAGUUUCCACUAGGCAGAUAUCUCAGUCUUCUCGUUCUCGCCUGGGGCAUCAUCCUCACCCUCCACGCCCUUACCCCCAACUACCCCAGCCUCAUGAUCCUGCGCACUCUGCUCGGUGUCUUCGAAAGCGCAAUCACCCCCGGCUUCUCCCUCAUCACCGGCAUGUGGUAUACCCCUACUGAACACGUCUCGCGCCACACAAUCUGGUUCGCAGGAAACGCGUCCUCAUCCAUCAUCGGCUCGCUCAUCACCUACGCCAUCAUGCAUUACACUGGCAGUUUCCCGAAAUGGAAACUCAUGUUUCUCAUCUUCGGGCUGGUCACGGUUGUCUGGGCUGGUGUGUUGUGGUUCUUCUUACCGGAUGGUCCGAUGGAGGCGAGGUUUUUGAGCAGGACAGAGAGGGAAUAUGUGGCGUUGAGGCCGAAGAUGUUUCAGCGGACGACGCAGACGAAGACCUGGGAGGGGAGGCAGGUUGUCGAGGCGGUUGGGGAUGUCAAGGUGUGGUGGUUUUGUGUGUUUGUGUUUGUGAUUUGUGUUCCGAAUGGGGGGAUUGGAGCGUUCUCAACGCUUAUCAUCAACAGUAUGGGCUACGACAAAUACCAAACCAUCCUAAUGGCCAUUCCCGGACAGGCAUUCAUCCUCACCAUGCUGCUCGUAUCUACCCUCCUCACAUCGACAAUCCGCAAAGCCCGUCUCGUCUGCAUCAUCCUCUGCUUCGUCCUCGCACUCACAGGAAUCCUCAUGAUAAAGCUCGUCCCGGAGACCCAGAAACUCACUCGUCUCGCUGGCUUCUGGCUAGUCCAGUGUCUUGCGCCUUCGAUGCCGCUUCUCCUAGCACUGGUAGCUGGCAAUAUAGCCGGUUUUACGAAAAAGUCAACCACUAUGGCGAUGGUUUUCGUCGCGUAUUGCGUGGGGAAUAUUGUUGGGCCGCAGUUCUUUAAAGAGAGCGAGGCGCCGAGUUAUCAUACGGCGUAUACGACAAUCAUGAUCUGUUUCGCCGUCACGAUAGCCAUGGCGGCUAUCUUCCGGGUCUAUCUACAAUGGGAGAAUCACCGUCGAGACAAGACUCAGGGCGUAUCCAUCGACCCCGAAGCAAGUCGGGCCGUGCGCCUCGGCGUGGACGACCGAAUCCUCGCCGUCGACGAGACAGACGGACGCAAUAAAAGCUUCCGAUACGUAGUAUAA